CUUUCGGAGUGGGAGGGACUGGCGUCACGUCCGCGCGAGAGCGAUACGCAGGAAAGGCUACGCGCAGUGCGAGCGUGAGAGGAUGGAGGCCGCAGAGCAGCAGCGGAGCUCGAGUGACGGCGCGCCCGCCAGAGGAGCGGGAGUCCCGGGCAGUGGGGGCGGAGCAGGUCCGGGAGGAAGCGCGGAAGGCGAGCGGGACAGAGAUCGAGCUACUUUUGAGUGCAACAUCUGCCUGGACACCGCCCGGGACGCGGUCAUCAGCCUCUGUGGACAUCUGUUCUGUUGGCCGUGUCUUCAUCAGUGGCUGGAGACGCGUCCCAGCAGACAGCAGUGUCCCGUGUGUAAAGCAGGAAUCAGUCGAGAUAAAGUCAUCCCUCUGUACGGCCGGGGCAGCACCAGUCAGGAAGACCCCAGAUUGAAAACACCACCACGACCUCAGGGUCAAAGGACCGAACCAGAGAGCAGAGGACCGUUUCAGGGGUUUGGUGACGCAGGGUUUCACAUGUCUUUUGGAGUCGGGGCUUUUCCGUUUGGUUUUUUCACCACAGUCUUUAACACCAACGACAACUUUCACAGACGAGAUCCUCAUUACGGAGGCGAUCAUCAAGCCGACGGUAACGGCAACAACUGGCAGGACUCGCUCUUCCUCUUCCUGGCCGUCAUCUUCUUCUUCUGGCUGCUGAGCGUGUGAUGCCUUCUCGCUUCAGCCCGUCUGCGAUGGAAGCGACAGAAACACAUGCUUUCAGAAGAUCAGCUGUCUGUGUCUCACUCACACACACAUCCACACACACGCACAUCAGUGUUGAGAGACAGUAUUAACAAACACUA